CAUGUGCAACGUUUUUUUCCCCAUUUCAUUUUACUGCAAUAGCGUGCCGACGACGGCAGCACCUCCGCCUUCGCCGCGAAUAUAAUAUUUGCAAGUUACCAACGUGUGGAGACUACAGAGUGUUGUUUUUUUCAGAUCGCGAAACCAGUGGGACGUUCGAGUUCGAGAUCCUAUUCGGGCUAUAGUAGUAUUUUCAACCUCAACGACGUCCGAUUAUCGCAGAAAGUUGAAUAGUCGAUGGUUAAUUACUUCACUUGGUCGUUCAUCGUAACGUGUGUUAUCAAAUUCGCGUUUUUUUUCUUUCGCUCGAAUUCGGAAUGCAUCAUUGGUGAUACGCCGACUCGUCGAUGACGUCUCUCUUCGACCGCAUUUUAAAUUCGUAAGUAGAUAAGUGUACACUACACUGUACAGUACGUUGGGUUAGUUAGCUCGGCAACAUUGUAUCGCGUUUUUUAAUUUCAAUCUAACGUGUAGUUAUCUUAAGCGAUUCGCUAACUACGUACAGUCGAGCACCACACAUUCCAUACAUUCGGUAUCCUAUAUUAACACGUGCUUUUUCACUUCACUCGUUGCCUUCUUCUGUGUGUUACUCUCUCUCUCUCUCUCUCUCUCUCUAGAUAAUACAGUGUGUUCGUGUGUGCGAAAUACAUCCAGCAAUAUGCCCGAAAUCGUGGAAAAAUCAUCGUUGCCUCCAUCCAGCGGCGCGAAAAGAACGCCACCGAAUUGCGCUCGAUGCAAGAAUCACGGUCUCAAGAACGUACUCAGCGGUCACAAAAGGUAUUGUUUAUAUCUAGAAUGUAAAUGCGAGAAAUGCCUCGCCACUGUAGGAAGACAACGUUCGAUGGCCAAAAACACCGCGUACCGGAGAGCCGAAAAACAACACAAGCUCAAGAUCGAAGAAUGGCGCAGGAAGGUAGAAAUCGCUCGCAAAACUGGCCAACAAAUACCACCCGAACCUGCCGAACUCCUGAGCCCGAUAUUAUCGCCGAAAGUUCGAUCUUCAUCCGAGUACGCGUCUUCGGAACGUAAUUCGUCGCCGAAAUCUGAUCCAGGGCUGAUUUCACCCGAUGUAUUGAUCAACGAUUCAGCCAGCUCUUUCACGUAUCCAGUUAAAGAUGAAGCAUCGACUAGCGAUAGAGUUGAUCUUCGUUCCUCGUUAAGGAGUUUACAAGAAUUAUUAUUAACUGAAAAUUUUCCAUUGGAGAUCUCAACGUUGUUAUAUUUAAUUCUAAAAGAUACGCCAGAACCCAAAAAAGCCUAUACUCGGAUCGUAGAAGCACAGACGGAAUUGAACUCCGGAUACCCCAGAGAUGAAAUACCUUCUUUCUAUAUUCCGUAUAUCGGCAGCUCGAGGUUCUUCCCGCCGAGUUUUCUAUCGAGUCAUGCAGCGCUUAGCUUGAGUCCGUCGUAUUACCAUCAGCAAUAUAAACAGUACAGCUUGGCCAACGCUACACUGCCAUUACCACCGUCUUGCCCAUAUCCUCCGUAUUUCAGCGCCGCCAUACAAACGCUGAGAAGUCCGGGCGCCGCUGAUAUCUUCUCGUGUGCCGCCGCUCCAUUACCGUUUAAUGAGGAUAAGAAACACAGAUUGAGUUUCGACGCCAUUCAAUUGACGAAGGAUACCCGACCUUCGAAUCUGUGUAUCAGGGAAACGUCGUCAAGCUUUUCACCCAUUGAAAAUAAAUUUUCCGUUUCGGAGGCGAAAUAAAUAUUAUGCAUUUCUUAAUAACCGUUCGACGUAUUGGCCACCGACGCCAUCUUCGACGAUUGUUUAUUGUUACAUGAGUACCUAAUUAUUAAGUUUUUUUUUCUUCUUUUUUUUUUUUAUUGUAGCAUCGUAGACUACACGUCAUGAUUAUUUUACCUGUUUUUUUUUCUUUCUUUGCUUUCUUGUUGUUUCUCUGUGUAAUAUACGAUUUUAUAAUAAUUUUGUUGUAAUAAGGAUUUAUAUUUUUAUUUGAAUAAAAUUUUGUUCUAUU